UUCUUCAGCGCCAUUCGAGAUCGGCGGCCAAAUGGAAGCGCUACAGAAAUUCGAUAGAACGGAGACCAGCUGUCGCCUCAACUUGGUGCUUACCAUUCUUUUGUUGUGCCUUUAUUUGGGUUACUCGGAGGGUGGUAAGGCCCCCAUCGAUUAUCUCACCCCCGAACCCGAUCUCACCGUCGACGAGUGCCAUGACGAGUUCACCAUUGCCUGUGCCAACGCCUCGAGAGUCUUCACCGAUUCCUACGAUCUGUGCGAACUGAAUGCCAACGAGACCAUCGUAAAUCUGGAGGUGGAUGUCGAGCUGGAGCGACUGCAAAUCGAACUGGGCUCCAGUGCAGUGUGUGGAAAUAUGCGUAUCUGCGAGACCUUGGAUGACGAUCUGGAGUACUUCAAGUGCAUCAAUGAGAACGGAACUCGCAAUCUCGACAUCCUGACCGAGAUAACUUACAAUGCCACAAGUGCUCAUACACGUCUGCGUGAGGAUUAUGAUGCAGUGCACCGGACUUUCCUGCUUUGCAGCUUGGAUGCCCAGCAAAACUACAUGAAGGAUAUUAGGCAGGCCCAUAAAGAACUUACACAAUGUCGAUCAGAAAUCGAUGAGCUUAGCGAGCAAUAAAAGCUUAUCUGCAACUAUAUAAACAAAAUGAUUAAGGGUGAACAAACACCGUUAUUAAAUCAAACUUACUCAUAAUAAUUUACUAUGAGUUGAUAUAAACUUCUUAUAAGAAUACUAUUAUUUUAACUAGUUAACUUUAUAAUGAAAGUAUUAAACAUUUGAGCUAAAUAAAAUAGCUAAGCAG